CGUGUCUUUUGCCAUUAUAAUAAUAACGAUAAUAAUAAAACCAUUAAAACUGAAAGAUAAUUAAUGAAAUUAAAAGAAGAAGAUGUCCAACACUACCAUACGUUGUCCGCUACCUCUAACUCAUAAAGAAAAAACUUGGGAAUAUCAACAAUAUUACUUAGGAGAAAAAGAUGAAGAAAAUAGAAAAUGCGGAGAAGGCCAGCAUCACUGGUCUGGAGCUAAGUCACUAGAAUGUUAUACUGGAAAUUUUAUUCGAGACACUAUGCACGGUUUUGGCGACUACCGCUGGCGUUACCAAGGCCCUGAAAACGCUUGUUUUACCUACGAGGGACAUUUUUAUUGCAACAGGAUGAAUGGCUAUGGAACGAUGUCUUAUUCCGAUGGAAGGACAUUUUAUGGUUUAUUUUUUAAUAAUGUACGUUGGGGUCCAGGAAUACAAUCUCACGCUGACGUCCGCGAGGACGUUGGUCUGUGGCGUUUCGAUAAGCUUGUGAGGCUGGCAUGGCGACCUGAAGGUCCCAGCGUCGUGCCGGAGUUUAUUAACACAAACACUGGACGAACAAUUGUCGAAUCACACAGGAUUGUGCUUGCCACAGAUAUUGAAAUAAUUGGUGAGGCCAACAAAGCUAUAGAGCUUCUUAAGAAAUGCGGUGCAGACCCGCGGUUAGCUGCGGAGAAAUGGAGUAAAGUCUAUCCCAAAUAUUGCACAGAUCUUUCGAGCCCUUUAUGUUAUACUGAAGCUUUUGACUGGAACUAUUAUAAAGGAAAAUUGUAUACGUUAAAAGAGGUGGAUUUGCUUCCUGAAAAAGCAAAAAGUGACCAAAACAGUGCGGAUACUUCAGAACAAAGUAGUACCUAUUAUUAUGCUUGGAACAAUAACAAUAUGAUGCUAAACAUGAUGAAGCACAGUUUUAAGCACGAAAAACAGCGGUGCAGCAUAACAAUAGAUUUAAAUCACAUUUUAUCAGGAUAUCGGAAACAGUUUAAAUCAGCUGGAGAAUACGAAAUAAAUUGCAGGACAUUUCUUAUGGCUGCUUUUCUGGACCAUAUCGAGAAUGUUGCUCAGUUAGUUAACGAAAAAAAUGUUAAUCCAGACGUGUCUGAUGCUCAAGGAAAUUCAGCUAUUAUGUAUGCCACUGUUGGAGAUCAACCUGAUGUUAUACACUUCCUAGUGGAGGCUGGGGCAAAUGUUGAUUUUUAUAACGACGGAUGUUGUACACCUCUGGGGAUGGCCUUGAUGCGAUAUGUCUGCACUGAGAACGAUGUACCACCCAGCGGAAUGUUACAAGCUUUAUUACCGCCUUCUCUAACACAACCUCCAAGUAACGUACUUGAGUGGAACAUGACACGUGAACAGAUAUCUAUUACACCUGGUACAUUACCAAAGAGUCCAAGUAAAAGUAAUAGAAGUAUGAGCUCGAAGAAAAUCAAAUCCUUAUUAUCGAUUAAGGACCAACCGGGAAAUAGAAGGAAAGCUGAAAUUGCUCAACCUAAAGUUCUCAAUCCUAUUUAUCAAUCAGAUGAGUCCAUAUCUGAAGACAAAACAUUGUAUAACAGUAUACAUCGUGAAUUUUCUAUUAAAAUUACUGACAUGUAUACAAUGUCCAAUGGCCCUGUUCAGUAUUUUUUUGAUGUCACUGAUAUGAUUCAACAAACUGAAAUAGAUGCUUUUGAAGAUGAUCGUAAGAAAAUAGCGGAAAAAAGCUUGAAAAACAUGUUUUCCGCGAAAAACGUUAAAGAUGCGAGAAAAACAAGCAAAGAAAUUAUGUGGCAACAAACCGAGAAAGAAGAAAUUUCAAUAACUAGUGCCGAGAACAUAAAAUCAAACAAGUUAACAAAAACAAUGAGUACAAUUUUACAAUUAUUAUCGGACGGGGCGAAUCCAAGAUUAGUGCGAUGUCCACAACCAGCUCUUUUGAUGGCGGUUAUGUCUAACUCUCCUGAUUUGAUACGACACUUAGUACAUUAUGGGGCGGACAUUAACGAAAAAUUCCAUCAGGUGUUAGAUUAUACUCCUUUGGAUGUAGCUGUUUCACGUUUAUUAAGCUACGAUAAUCUUGAAAUGGUGAGAGUGAUUUUGGAAUCAGGUGCUAAUGCACAGCACAGGAUAAUUUAUAAUCAUCAUGAAGACCCAAAAAAUGAAAAAUUAGAUGGGCCUACACUUUUACACGUUGUUUUAGCAAAAAAGGCUGACAACGAAAUUGAAGAAGAUAUCCGUCUUCAUCUAUUAGAACUUUUACUUCAGUAUAACUGCAGUCCCAUAACAUUUUACAAAGGUCGUUCAGCGCUUGACGUAGCGAUGUGCAAAAGCAAUGAUAUUCUGAAUAUUAUUAUAAAAAGCCCAAAAACUGACCUGAAUUCUAUUAUAAAUACAAAUAACCAAAGUAUUCUUGUGAAAAUGUUUAGUUUUCCAUACUUUAAAAGUAUAACGAGUGCAUAUAGACUACAACUGCUUACAGACCUUCUAUUAUUCGGAGCAGAUCCGUUGCUAAAAUGCCAAAAUUGUGAAGAGACAUACCAAAAUAUAUUUGUUAUAACCAAACAAAUAUUUUAUGAAAUGGAACGAUCUCAUUCUAAAACAGUUGGCCUCCCUGCGAAGGCAUCAGAUACCAAAGUCAGUAAAAAGGCUGGAAAAUUGAAAAAAGAUGAAAAGUCGUCUACCAAAACAACUGGUAAAAGCGCCGAUGAUGUUGAAGACUAUAGACAGGCGGUUGACCUUGUAACUGAAUGUGCAAGGCUUAUCUACAUUCGAUGGCUGCAAAGCAAACUUAUGAAAGAACUUAUUGUUACUAUAGAUAGAUAUAAACACCGACACUGGUAUAUGAUAUUAAAGUCUUGUCAAGGUACGCUAAGCACGGGACUAUGGAUUUCCCCUCAACGCUGUUUGGAAAUAUGGGACAUUUUAUCCGACACCAAAAAGAGGAUAUACAACGAUAAACGUAUUAUGACACAUGCACUUAGUAUCGUUUUAUUUCUGUCGUGGCAGAAUUAUGGUCGACGGACCAGUAACGUGGCUCCCGAUACAAUACUUACUACACAAGUAAAUGACGCUAUAGAAGCCGACGUCAGCCGACUUUUACUUCAGCAUAAAGCUGACAAGAAAAUGAAGACAUCCAUGCUUCAAUUGAAACUGAAUUACGUAAAGCCCGAGUUAGUUAAAGACGUAAAAAAAUUUGAUGUCUGCUUUGAAUGUAUCCAACCACUAAACGAAGACAAAAUUUUAUGUACUGGCUGCAAGCAAAUUUUUUUUUGUUCCUAUGAUUGCAUGAAAUCCAAUGUCGACCGAUCAAAUUGUCAUCCAUGUAGCGAUUAUUUGAAAAUCAAAUAUUUCUCCAGCCCUAAUGAAAGCUACGUUCAUGUAAAAUAAAUAUUACGUAUUCUUCUUUAAUAAAAUAGCAUCCUCAUA